AUGUCGCGCCUGAGGGGAGUAGCCGGGAGGGAUCCCCGGGCGGGUUUCAAACCUGGCGGGAGAGACUGCCUUACCUCCGUACCCCAGGGGCUGUUAAAGGCAGCGAGGAAGAGCGGCCAGCUAAACCUGUCGGGUAGGAACCUCAGUGAAGUGCCUCAGUGUGUCUGGAGAAUAAAUGUAGAUAUCCCUGAGGAAGCUAAUCAGAACCUUUCAUUCAGUGCUACUGAACGAUGGUGGGAGCAGACGGAUUUGACCAAACUAAUCAUAUCAAACAAUAAACUUCAGUCACUUACAGAUGACCUUCGACUCCUGCCGGCACUGACUGUACUUGAUAUACAUGACAAUCAGCUGACAUCCCUUCCUUCUGCUAUAGGAGAGCUAGAAAAUCUUCAGAAACUUAAUGUCAGCCAUAACAAACUGAAAACACUCCCUGAAGAAAUCGCAAACCUAAGAAAUCUGAAGGGGCUAUAUCUCCAGCAUAAUGAACUAACUUGCGUAUCAGAGGGAUUUGAACAACUUUCCAAUUUAGAAGAUCUAGAUCUUUCGAAUAAUCAUCUUACAACUGUUCCUGCUAGUUUUUCUUCUCUGUCCAGUCUGGUGCGACUCAAUCUUUCCAGUAAUCAACUGAAGAAUUUGCCAGCAGAAAUAAGUAGAAUGAAAAGAUUAAAGCAGUUGGAUUGUAAUUCAAAUCUCUUGGAAACUAUACCUCCUGAGUUGGCUGGCAUGGAAUCACUGGAAUUGCUUUAUUUGUGGAGGAAUAAAUUACGUUUUCUACCAGAAUUUCCUUCUUGUAGACUUUUGAAGGAAUUGCACGUAGGUGAAAACCAGAUUGAAAUGUUAAGGGCAGAACAUCUUAAGCAUCUGAAUUCUAUCCUUGUGCUAGACCUGAGGGAUAACAAGUUAAAAUCUAUUCCAGAUGAAAUUACACUACUGCAAUCUUUGGAAAGGCUUGACCUAAGCAACAAUGAUAUUAGCAGUCUGCCGUAUUCAUUGGGAAACCUUCAUUUGAAAUUCCUAGCACUAGAGGGAAAUCCUUUGAGAACGAUUCGAAGAGAAAUUAUAAAUAAAGGAACCCAAGAAGUUCUAAAAUAUCUACGAAGCAAGAUUAAAGAUGAUGGACCUAGCAAAAGUGACUCUGUUACUGAGACUGCAAUGACACUACCAAGUGAAUCCAGAGUCAAUGUACACGCCAUCGUCACAUUAAAAAUAUUAGACUAUAGUGAUAAACAAACAACUUUGAUUCCUGAUGAAGUGUUUGAUGCAGUAAAAAGCAACAUCAUCACUUCUAUUAACUUCAGUAAGAAUCAGCUAUGUGAAAUUCCAAAAAGGAACAAUUUUUUAAAUUCUUUGCCUGAAGAAAUGGAAUCAUUGGUAAGACUACAAGUGAUCAAUCUUUCCUUUAAUAGGUUCAAAAUACUACCUGAAGUUUUAUAUCGUAUCCUCGCACUUGAAACUGUUCUGAUUAGUAAUAAUCAGAUUGGAUCUGUGGACCCUCAGAAAAUGAAGACAAUGGAAAAUCUGACCACAUUGGACCUUCAAAAUAAUGACCUCCUACAUAUUCCACCAGAACUUGGUAAUUGUGUAAACUUAAGAACAUUACUACUAGAUGGAAAUCCAUUCCGUGUCCCUCGAGCGGCCAUACUAAUGAAAGGAACAGCUGCUAUACUGGAAUAUUUGAGAGACCGAAUUCCUACUUAA